AUGUCGAGCGAUCCUCAUGCCGACUCCGUCGGACCCGUCGCCCACGGAGAAAGAGAAAUGCCGACGUCAACGCCGGAUCGUUAUUGGCGCCUUUUCAACGACUUAGGGAUGCCACCCCCAUUACCCGCGGUUGGCCCCCCGGCCGUACCGCCCGAGGCGUUUUUCGCCCUCGCUAAGCAAGUACAGGGAAUAGCGGAGAUAAUGCAGACCGUUGUCCCACUUAUUUCUGAAAUCAGGCGACUGACAGACGCCUCCACCGACCCAACCCAACAAAGGCCGAGCACGGGACAGGAUGCAACCGGUGAAACCCGAGACGGGGCCGUUCACCACGAGAUCAACCGCCGCCUGGACGAAUUCCGACGUGAGCUCCAGAAGUCACGGGACGAAUCAAAUGAGGGCACCUCGGGUGGAUCCCCUUUUGUUCAGGAAAUACAAGAGAAACCUGUUCCCCUCAACUUCAAGGUGUCGGCCCUAGAAACGUACGACGGCGGCUCCGACCCAGCGGAGCAUGUCGCCGCGUUCAGGACUCAGAUGGCCCUCUACGGCAGGUCUGACGCACUAAUGUGCCGUACAUUCCCGACCACCUUCAGAGGACCAGCACGCGCAUGGUUUAGCCGGCUGCGCCAAUCCUCAAUCACAUCUUUCGACCAGUUCGCCAAGGAGUUCGAACAAAGCUUCCUUACCAGCGCGCGACCUCAGCCUCCCAUAGCGGCCCUGCUGGCGAUAACGCAGCACGAAGAGGAGACGCUCACACAGUUUGUAACACGCUUCGCCGCGGAGAUCCACGGGUAUCCGGAUACUCACCCUUCUUUGAUCAUGCAGGCGUUCCUGACGGGGCUGAAACCCUCGAGGUUCUUCUGGUCACUAAUUGAGAAGCUGCCGGCCACUGUCCCUGAGAUGCUCCACCGUGCCAACCAAUACGUUGCCAGCGAAGCAUUGGCAGCAGGAAGACACGCGAUCGGGAAGAAACCGUGGAUCGAGCAAUCCCGAGCCGCCACCUCGUCGGUCGACCCGCAACCCCGUCGGAGGGUUGACCAUCCCGAGCAGCGGCUCCCGAGGCCUCCGCCCCUCCCACUCAACACGCCUCGUACCGAGAUCUUCCUCCAGAUCAGGGAGAAAGGUCUUUUGCGGCCCCCCAAUCCCAUGAGAGCUACUUACAAAAAUCGGUCGAAAUACUGCAGGUUCCACCGAGACCAUGGCCAUGACACAGAGGACUGCCACGACCUCCAGAACCAGAUUGAGGAGCUGAUCAGAAGGGGGUACCUCGGCCGCUAUCUCAAGGAACCUCGAGAAGCAACCCUGCGUCCCCGGAUGCCCGUCGAAAGGCAGGUCGAUGUCAUCAUCGGGGGACCGGCGGCAGGCGACAGCAGCUCAAGCUCAAGGAAAUCCUACGCCCGGAGCUCGGUCGAGAAACGCCCCCGACCCGAGCUAGAACCCGAAAUCUCUUUUGGGGCCGAGGAGGGGGAACGGUCCCAUCAUGACGACGCUCUGGUGAUCUCCAUCCAGAUCGCCAACGCUCGGGUAAAGAGGGUAAUGGUCGACAUUGGGAGCUCCGCCGACGUCUUGUACCUCGACGCCUUCAAAAGGCUCGGCUUGCCCACUGAGGACCUCAUUCCCAUAAGCUCGGCCCUCGCGGGAUUCACCGGAGACUCAAUCUCCCCGCUUGGCACCACCACACUCCCUGUCACCAUUGGGGAGGAACCAAGGACCAGGACAAUAAUGACUACGUUCAUGGUGGUCAGCCUGCCCUCGGCCUACAACGUCAUCCUCGGACGCCCAACGCUCAACAAGCUGAAAGCGGUAGUCUCAACCUACCACCGAGCCAUCAAGUUUCCCACCUCGGCAGGGGUCGGAGAGUCACGAAUCAACCCAGGAGAGUCGAGAAGGUGCUACCUCACCGCGGUCUCCCUCCCGAAGAGGGCAUGCCUCCAUAUCCCAGACCCUCGAGAAGAGGCUGCCACACCAACGCACCUUGAACCCCCUGAGCAGCUUACCGAGGAGCCGAUAAAGGGAGACCGGCCCGGUCAGACUGUGAAAAUCGGCGCGGCCCAACCCAGAGAAAACUAG